GGCAGUGGACACCGAGUCACCAGCACGACAGUGGGCUCUGAGUCAAUUGGCACGGCCCAGCGGGCACCAGGUCAUCAGGUACCGGAUCGUCUGGCUCGACAGCAGGCACCGGGUCAUCUGGCGCUGGAUCGUCUGGCUCGACAGCGGGCACCGGGUCACCAGGCAUGACAGCGGGCACUGGGUCAUCAGGCAUUUGGAUCGUCUGGCUCGACAGUGGGCAUCGGGUCACCAGGCAUGACAGCGGGCACCAGGUCAUCAGGUAUGACAGCGGGCACCGGGUCAUCAGGUACCGGAUCGUCUGGCUCGACAGCGGGCAU